UCUCUCUCUCUCUCUCCCAAUCUCUCUCGGAUAAAACCCUCACUCCUUCUCCUUCUUCCCUCAUCGGCGGCGUUCGUGUUCUCCCUCUCUCUCUCUCUCUCUCUCUCUCUAAUCGGUCACUACACACGCAUAAAGGGUUCGCUUCUCAGUCUCCAAUUAUAAUCGCUACUCUCUCUCCUUCUCUUCUGGAAACUGUCCUUUUGGGUUUCAAAUUCUUCGUCUAAUCCUCUCGUUUUUGGAAUUCUCUCUGAAACCUACUACUCAGCAUUGGAAAAUACUUGGCGGUUAAUCGAACGGUUAGGGUUUCUGUGCUUGGAUCCUGCGGUUAGGAUUGCGGGCGUUCAAACAAACUUCGUUCGUCUGUUCAUCAAUUUUUAUGAGACAAAAAAGGGUUAGUUCGUUUCAAUCUAUGCUUCAAACCCUUUUGUCUUCUGGUCUUUUCCUCUGAUUUUCUGUUCUGUUCCGUUCUGUUCGACCCUAGUUUCUAGACUCCCUCUGGUAGGCUUCCAUUGAAUUUUCCAUAUUUUUCGACUUAUAAGAUUCUUUUCGUGAUCAUAUUAUUUGUGUCUAGCGUUUUUCUGAUUCUAGGGUUUGAUGUUUCCCUGAGUUUACUUUAAUGGGUUUGAAUUGUUGGCCCAGUGGCGUUUUGUUUUCUUCAUUGUUAGCUAAAGGGUAGGAUUUUGUCUGUGGUAGUUUCGAUUUGAUCCAUUGCAAUGAUGAGGGUCUUGUGAAUGUUUUUAUUGGAGACUGCAAAUCCAUCUCUUCACGAAGAUGGAGGUGUUAAGAAGCCCUUACGGUCCUGAGUAAUAUUUCUUCCUUGUUGCCAUUGUCAUUGCUUUCCCUAUGAUGUCAUUGUGAGCACGUAAACAUAAUUACUUUUUUGAUUCGGGAAUUCAAUUAUAUUGUACAAAGAGAAGAAACCCUAGAUAUAACUUUGGGGCAUAUGUUGAUUGUUCAACUGGUGCUUGGAGUGUCACAGUCUUGUACAGGAGCCUCUGGAUUAAUUUUUUUUUUAUUCCCUUUCAAUCUCUAUUAAGUGGAUUUAGACUGGAGUGAGGUUUCAGAAUUGUCUUUGAAUCGAUUAACGAGAAUAAUGACUGAUAUUUGUUGUGUUGGGUGCAACUGAAACGAGCUUCGUCUUCUGGGUAAUGUUUAGGCUGGAUUAAAUUGUGAAGGCAUAUCAUACUGGGUUUUCCCUUUUAAAUUGUCUCUGAUCAUGUUCAAUGUCCGUUAUGGAAAGAAGUGAGCCUACAUUAGUUCCAGAAUGGUUGAAGAAUACUGGAAGUUUAACUGGGAGUAGCAACACAGCCCACCAUCUUUCAUCUUCUUCCCUGCAAUCAGAUGAUCCUAGUGUAACACUUCACCCGAGAAACAGAUCUUCAGUGAGCGGUGUUGAAUACGAACCUUCUCGUUCGACUUUUUUGGAUCGGUCCUCUUCUAACUAUUUUCGUAGGAGUUCAAGUAGUAAUGGCUCUAUACAUGAUAAGGACACAUCUUCCUACUCACGGUCUUACAGUGGUUUUGCGAGGAGCCACCGUGACAGGGACUGGGAGAAGGAUCUCCUUGACUUCCAUGAUAAAGAUAGGUCAGUGUUGGGGGAUUACAGGGACCGAGAUUGUUUUGAUCCUUUAGGAAACAUCCUUACAAGUAGGAUUGAGAAGGAUACGUUAAGGCGUUCACAGUCAAUAUCGGGAAAACAGUCAAUAUCAGGAAAACGAGGCGAGGGCUGGCCAAGAAGAGUAGGAGCUGACCCUAACAAUGGCAACAGCAACAGUAACAAUCACAGCAACAGCAAUGGCUUGCUAGGUGGGGCCACUAUUGUUAGCAGCAUUCACAAGGCUGCAUUUGAAAGGGAUUUUCCGUCCCUUGGAGCCGAAGAAAGACAAGCAGGACCUGAUAUAGGAAGGGUCUCCUCCCCUGGUUUGAGCACAGCUGUUCAGAGCUUGCCAAUAGGUACUUCAGCUGUGAUUGGAGGUGAUGGUUGGACCUCAGCAUUAGCAGAGGUGCCUGUUAUCAUUGGAAGCAAUAGCAUGGGACUCUCAUCAGUUCAACAAAGUGUGCUUGCAACUUCAUCUUCUGUGGUAUCAAGUGCAUCAACUGGUCUCAACAUGGCUGAAACAUUGGCACAAGCUCCUUCACGAGCUCGUACUGCUCCCCAGUUAUCUGUUGAGACGCAAAGGCUUGAGGAGCUUGCCAUUAAACAAUCAAGGCAGUUAAUUCCUAUGACACCUUCAAUGCCUAAAGUUUCGGUACUCAGUCCUUCAGAGAAACCAAAACCCAAAACAUCAACAGCAAGGACUGGGGAGUCGAGUAUGGGUACAAAGAGUGGGCAGCAGCAGGCCCCAUCUCCACAGCUUGUUAAUCACUCUAUACGUGGUGGGGCUGUGAGAUCUGAUGUUCCAAAAACAUCUCAUGGUGGAAAACUUCUUGUACUCAAAGCACCACGAGAGAAGAAUGGUGUCUCACCUACUGCCAAGGAUGGCUCGAGUCCAACUAAGGCCAGCAGAGUAGCGAAUAAUCCACUUGCUGUUGUUCCAUCAGCUGCAUUUGCUUCUCCAUCGAGGAGUCCCAUCAACCCAAAACUUGGCACUGCUGAGCGCAAGGCAUCUGCUCUGUCUGUUAUUCAUGGACCCACUGUGGAGAAGAGACCAACAUCCCAAGCACAGAGCCGAAAUGAUUUCUUCAAUCUCAUGAGGAAAAAAACUUCGACGAACCAUUCUUCAGUUGUCCUAGAUCCGAGCCCUUCUGUUCCAUCAUCCAUCUUAGAGAAGUCAUGUGAUCGGGUCACAGAGACUGCUAAUACUCCAGUUAGCCCUCAGUGUAGUGAUGCGCCUUCAUCAGAUCCCUCUGCUCUGGAGUGGUCAUCUGAGAAUGGUGGAGACUUGACCAAUAAUGGUGGUGUUUCUGACGAGUCUCACAGAUCUUCUAAAAAUGGAGACAAACAUUCUGGUCCUGAUGAAGUUGUUUAUCCAGAUGAGGAAGAGGCUGCAUUUCUGCGUUCUCUUGGAUGGGAGGAAAAUUCAGGAGAGGAGGAAGGUCUUACAGAGGAGGAGAUAAGUGCUUUCUACAAAGAGUAUAUGAAAUUGAGGCCGUCCUCAAAACUAUGCCGGGGCUUACAGCAGCAGCAACCAAAGCUGGAGUCUCAUGUGGGCAGUUUGGAAGGUGCCUCCCCUGGAUUGAGCUCAUCAGAUGCUGAAUCAUGAAUCAUGAGUGACUGGUCUCUUCGCAUACUAGCAGAGACAAGUUUAAUUUUGGAUGUUUUGCUGGCAGAGGGUUCGUUCUUUCGUUCUUUUUCUUUACAGCUUUUUUAUUAAUAUUAAGGUGGAAAGCCGAGAAGCUGAAGAAACAUCAAAAGAAGAGAAUGGGAGAGGGGUAUUAGGUGGGAUUUUUCUACCUGGCCAUUUUGCAAAGAGAAAGUGGAAAGUGCAAUAAGUUACAUAUGUUUCCUUCGUUGAGGAAGUCUUUGUGAUGUGUUGUGCUGUGUUGUGCCUGCCAAGAUUAGGGUGUUCAGAUGUUUUUUAUGGGUGAGAAGAGGCCAGUAGGAUAGGGAUUUUGUUCUCGGAGGAAAAUUGGGGAAAUCUUUUUUUCUUUCUUUCCAUUUUAACCUUUUUUUUGGGGAGGCCCCAGUGAAGGAAAAAAGCUUAUGGUAAUUUUAGUCAAUUGAAGCAAAAGUAAAAAAAUGUUCUUUUUUUUUUUCUUUUUUGGUUCUUGUUGAUAUCUGUCAAACAUACUAAUCUCUCAGGAAUAACAAGGCAAUAGAAAAUUUUGAUUUCAA